AUGGCCGCAGUAACCGACGAUUUUGCAAAGAAGUGCGAGAUAAAGCAGAAUGACACGCUGGGCAGAUUUGUGGUUGCCUUGUGUAAUCUUCGGGCUGGCGAAACUCUGCUGCUGGAGAAUCCCAUCGUGGUUUUGCCCCAAAUGGGUGAUAGGCGCUGCUCCAAGUGCUUUAAACUAACCCAGAGUUUUUGUAGAAAGUGCCAUCUUUUGGCUUUGUGUGAGGAUUGCUCGAAUCAUGAUGAACGCGAUUGCCGAAGGCUUGCUGAAAUGCAUUUUUCUGCCGACCAGGUGGAGCUGCUCCAGAGAAAGGAGCACACCGAAAUCCAGCCAGUUCUAAAAUGUCUGCUGUUAAGAGAACACGAGGAAACCCUGCCCUUGUACGAGGAAAUGUCCCAAAUGGAGUCCCAACUGGCGACUAGAAGAGGCACAGAUAUAUGGAAAAACUACCAGGAGCACGCAUUUGCUCCUUUAGAUGCUGGUGGAGUGCUAAAACAACUACGGGGCUCGGCGGAUGAGGACCUGGUGCAGGGCCUUCUAGGCAUCCUGGACAUAAAUGCAUACGAGAUAAGGGCUCCGGAGUCAGGUGGCGCCAUGAGAGGACUGUAUCGUAGGGCGGGACUCUUUGCCCACAGCUGCAUGCCCAACCUGGUCAUCUCAAUAGAUGACGAGAAACGUAUAAAGGUCUACGCCAAUCGAUUUAUAGCCGCCGGAGAGAUCCUUUACAAUUGCUACACCAAUGUGCUCCUGGGCACCGAGGAGCGUCGCCAAAUCCUGAAGGAGGGCAAGUGCUUUGACUGUACCUGUGCGCGAUGCCAGGAUCCCACCGAGCUAGGAACACACAUGAGCAGUUUCAUGUGCAGCCACUGCUCCUGCACGGGUGGCUACAUAGUUCGUCAGCCGAAUACGGGAACUUGGCAGUGCCUUCUAAAUCCGGAGCAUACACUGAAACAGGAGUUUGUAUCGAACAUGCUGGAGCGGGCUAAAGAGGAAAUAUUUCACGCAAGGGAUGAUAUAUACAGGCUGGAGCUCCUUUUGGCCAAGUUGAGUCGCCUUCUGCAUCGCAAUCAUUUCCUAAUGCUUGAUUUAAAGCAAAAUAUCGCUUCUAUAUUGCGACAGAUCCUUCAGAAUAUAGCAACGCGACCAAAUAAGAAGGUCUAUGAGCGGAAAAUUCGUUUGUGCCAGGAGAUAUUGUUGGUACUCAAGGUCGUAACCCCUGGAAUCUCCAGAUUGAAGGCUAUCGCCCUCUAUGAGCUGGCCAACACGCAGGCCGAAUUGGCCAGAAAGAUGUAUACGGAGAUGGAGCACAGUGCCAAUGACCUUCUGGCGGAAUUGGAACGAGUUGAGGUCAUGCUGCGGGAGUCUCUGCGAAUGCUCCUAUUUGAGCCACUGGCCACGCCAGAGGGUCAGCUGACGCGAACAAUGCUCCGAGAGCUAAAGGAGCUGCAGGAUGAUAUGAAAAAUCUUCGAGAAUCUAAUGACGAUGUGGUAAAUCAGUAAGAUCUACGAGUUUUCAUAUUCAAACUGGUAUUUGAAUUCAAUACACAUUGAUACCAAUUGAUGACUUAUUAAUGCUGACAGAUUCAACUUUUUGAAUUAAAAUUUAAAUCCGAAGGAGGAUACAAUAUUACUUGAGUUAAACUUAAAUUCAAAUAAAA